AUGAGCGCCAGUGAAUCCCCCUGCUCGCCUCUCUUCUCCUCGCCUGACGCAGACCUCGAGCUGCUCUCCUCCGAUAAAGUCCUUUUCAAGGUCCAUCGCAAGAACCUCAAGUUCCACUCGGAUGUCUUCGCAGCCAUGUUUUCCGCUGCACAUGCCGACCGCGAGGGUGCAGCGCCGAUCGAGCUAUCGGAACCGUCGGCGGUACUGGAGCUGCUGUUCCAGUACAUGUACCGCCAGCCCCAGCCAGCGCUCCGGGCCGUGCCCUUCACUGUUUGCGCCCAGCUCGCGGAGGCCGCGCAGAAGUAUCUGGUCUACUCCGCGAUGCCGAUCUUGCAGCAGAAAAUGCGAGACAACAUCGACCAGGAACCGCUCGAGGUCCUGGCGUUUGCGCUCAGGCACGAUUUGGCCGCGCUGGCGAAUGACGCGGGGCGCAAGUCGCUCGGUAUACCGCUCAAGAAGGCUGCAGCUGUAAUGUCGGCGGAGGCGUUUAUCAAAUGGGCUAUUUUCUAUGACGAGUGGCACGCCGAGGCUCGUACCAGUCUUCAGAAAGCGAUCAGAGGGCUGAAAUGCAAUUGCGGCGUGUAUGUGACAAGCGGCGGCCCAGAUGUGCAGGAGGCCAUGCGUCUUCUGCGCAACCCAAGCUUGGGGUAUGAGCGGCGCGAUGCAGGAUAUCUGCGCGGGACAAUGCUGAAUGGCAACGUGAAUUAUCUCGACCGGCAACUGAACCCGCCGCCACCCACUGCCAGCGGUAUCCUGAGGGGGCCAGAGCGGGAUGCCCUUAUUUGA